GAUACGCACGACAUUUGGUACUCUUGACCACCAUGGACCACUUUCCAACAAACUGGGGACGCCCACGACAUGAAGGCUUCGACGCGUAUGCGACCUAUCCGAUUCACGAGCGACCCUACAAUGGUCCCAAGGAUGCGUUUGCAGCGGGUGUUCAACGCACCCAACAGCCCAUCGUCACUGGAACCAGUGUACUCGCGAUCAAGUACAAGGACGGCAUUAUGAUGGCAGCUGACAACCUCGCAUCCUACGGCUCCCUCGCGCGCUUCAAGGACGUGCAGCGUCUCCACAGUGUCGGCUCGUACACCGUCAUCGGCGCGGGCGGGGACAUGUCCGACUUCCAGUACAUCCAGAAACUGCUCGAUGACCUCAUCACGGACGAGUUCACCGCGCAGGAUGGGCACGAGCUCGGCCCGGUCGAGAUCCACGAGUACAUGUCGCAGGUCAUGUACGCGCGCCGGUCGAAAAUGAACCCGCUGUGGAACUCGCUGCUUAUUGGUGGGUUCAAGGACGGGAAGAGGUUCUUGUCCUAUGUCGAUCUGCUGGGCACUACGUACACCGCAUCGACGCUCGCCACGGGCUAUGGCGCAUACAUCGCGCAGCCUCUGCUGCGCAAGGCGGUAGAAGGCAAGGAGGACACUCUCACGGAGGAGGAGGCUCGGAAGAUCUUGGAGGAUAGCAUGCGGGUUCUCUUCUACCGUGAUGCGCGGAGUAUAAACAAGUUCCAAAUUUCCACUGUGACAAGCAACGGCGUGUGGAUCUCGGACUCGAUUCAUUUGGACACCGCAUGGUCAUUCGCGGAGGGCAUCAGGGGAUAUGGCUCCCAGACGCAGUAGUAGCAUAGCAAUGAUGUACAAAUUAUACUCUUCCUUUCGUCGCUCCAGCUUCUAUUCUCAUGAUCAAACCCCCCUC